CCAUUUGUUCCUCGUGCUUCUAAACCCGCCCUUUAGUUUUCUCAAAGAUUUCAAGACCUUCCUCUUAUUAAGCUUAAGAAUCAGAGUUUCAACCACAGAUCUUUUACCUUCAAAUGUUUUUGGUAUUGGGUUUCCAAUUAUAAUUCUCUGAAAAUUUCAGGGUGGGUAAACAGUUGGAUUUUCCCCCCUUUUCGCCGGUAGUAUGUCGGGUUCACCGGAAUUUAUGGGUCGGAAAACGGCGAGUUCGCCGAAGCAGACAAGCUUUACUCAAACUUGUAGCUUGUUGGGUCAGUACUUGAAGGAGAAAGGUAGCUUCCGGGAUCUAAGUUUGGGAAUGACAUGCAACGUUGAAGCUAAUGGGGCACCGGAGAUUGUCCGACCGACCAUGAAUUUGUUCCCUAUGGAUCAGAUGUCUGGUGGGAAUGUUGGAGGUCCGAGGAGUUUGAAAUCUAUGGAUUUCCCCCCCCAACAAUCUGGUUUUUCCCUGCCGGCUCCUACAGACGAUGCUCUGAGAAGGGUCGAUUCUACUGUUAAUAGCUCGAACAAGUGUGCUGUGAUGGAGUCUGCACCGAUGACUAUCUUUUACGGGGGACAAGUGGUGGUGUUCAAUGAUUUCCCAGCCGAUAAAGCUAAAGAAAUCAUGCUUAUGGCCACCAAGUGCAACUCCCAAAACAACCUGAAUUCUAAAACAAACACGAUGUUUACUUCUAGUAUGUCCAGAAGUCCGAAUAAAUCUGGCAUCAGAGUUCCUUUGACCUCAAUCGAUGUUCCUAAUCUCAGGAACAAUGCAAUAAGUCAUGAAUGCGUUCAAUCUGCUCAGCAGCGACCCAUUCCUGGCGAUUUACCGAUUGCUAGAAGGGUUUCCCUUCAUCGAUUCCUCGAGAAGAGAAAGGAUAGGAUCACCUCAAAGGCUCCAUACCAGCUAAGUAACUCAACGUCCGGCUCACCAUCGGAGCCCGGAAACAGAAAGUCAUGGUUGGGUUUAGCUGUUGAAUCAAUGCAGUAGGAAAGUAGUUGAUAU